AUGAGUGACAUUUGGGGAGAUCUCACAUUCUGUUUGCAAGAUGCGAACAUUAAUUUUCCCAACUUUAGUGCCUGGCUGUGCUAUCUUCAUAUAAACCUAAGUCGAGAGGCUUUUGAAUUGGCUGCUACAGUAUGUUGGAGAAUAUGGUAUUUUCGUAAUGUUGAAUUAUUCGAGGGUUUAAAAUGUGUGAAGAAUGAUAUUGUUGGAUGGAGCACGAAUUUUCUUGAUGAAUAUCGUAGGGCUUCUAUAUGUGAGGCUCAUUCUGGUACACAUAGAGCUGCCGCUUCCAAGUGGUCGCCGCCGCCGGCUGAAAUUAUCAAAAUCAAUUUUGAUGCAGGUUUUCCUCGGGGAAAAAAAUACUUCCAAGUAGCUAUGGUGGCGCGGAAUCAUAAUAACCAGUGUGUCUGGUGGAGUAUUCGUAAGCUUCAAGGUAGACCAAAGAUAGCAGAUGGAGAGGCCCGAGCAGCUUUACACGCCAUGAUAGUAGCUAUUGACCGAGGAUGGAGAAAAAUUAUGAUUGAAGUUGAUAGUCUCGAGGUGAUAAAUGCUCUUCAUCGGGGAGUAGAUGGUAUGGAGUCGUUGGUGGCUAUUAUUUCUGAGUGUUUGUCGAUCAGCAAAACAUUUGUUACAUGUUCCUUUUCAUUUGUUAAAAGAGAUGGGAAUCCUUUAGCUCACUCUCUUGUUCAACAAAAUGUAAUAGAUAUGAUGGAAGAUUCUAUUCUUCCUCAUAACCGGGAGAAGUUUAUUUAA